GGGGAGCUACAAACACAUCCAUCCAUGUGCCAGUGUUUCCAUGGUUACUGGGGUACAGACUGCUCACAUCCAUGUCCAGGAGAAAUCAGCAACACUUGUGGCAAUCAUGGAACAUGCAACGUCAACAGGGAGAAUGUGUUUGUGAAGAAGGAUGGGAUGACAGCAGUGCAUGCAUGCAAUGUGAAGUUGGACUGCUUGGCUCAGACUGCAGUGUUGCACAGCUCAACACAACAAUAACUCCAGUAAGUCAACAGAGCAGCAGUAUCACCAUUGGAGUUUUCACCAUUUUUGGUUACUUCCAUGUUACAACCUUUGACGGAGCUGCAUUUGAGCUCAUGACAGCGGGUGCCUACUCUGCAUACAUAUUCAAUGGAUUGUCUGUGCAGUUGUAUACAACACCAUUCCCGGACAUGUGGCACGUGCAGGUCAUUACUGAAAUAUCAAUAAACUAUGGCAGUCUCACCAUCUCAGCCUCAUUGUCAUCCAUUACCAGUAGCCAAAUUGUGGUGCAGAAGAAUGAUGGAGGGGGAUGGCAGAGUGUAGUUGUUGGCACAACAUUUACCCACCAAAGUGUCACAGUAGAAUGGAUCAGCACCGACAUUGUGGAAGUAACAUACCAGUCAACUACUGUUUACAUUGUGAUGAUUGCUGACAUUCUGUCUCUGGGUAUCCUGGCACCAAAAGAUGAACUUGCCAGUGGCUUGUGUGGUCCAUUUGAUGGGAAUAUGAUCAAUGACCUGUCUGACCUGCUGAUGGAUCCUGCUGAUGUGGCAGAAUUUUUGGAUAGCGGUCUCUCACAGCCAUACUUGGAGGGAACUCUAGGUCCUGCACACAAGGUUGAUACACCAGACAACCAUCUACACUUGGUGCAAACUACACCUAGUCUAACCACUGGUUAUCUCCUACAUAUUGACAGCAACCAUGUCUACAUCGAGAACAUUGGGGUUAUUGUUCUCCACCAGCUGACAGUUGGCGUGUGGGUCAAACUGGAUGUGACCACAGCCACACAAACCAUCUAUGUGAUCAGCACACAAAGGGGGGAGAUUGCUCUGCUUGUUGUCAGUGGCCACCUGGAGAUCCUUUGGCAAGGCCAGACAUUCACAACAACACUUCAGAUGACAGCAAGCAUCUGGACAUACCUCUGUGUCACCUGGAGAGAGUUUGAUGGACGACUGGAGCUGUUGCAGUUCCAUGGAGACGAUGAGUACAGCUUCACCCACACGGUUGGAACUGUGGGGCAACUGACACUCAGUGGUAGUGUAACCAUCGGACAGUAUGUUGUUGCAGGUGUCACAACACCAGGAAGAGAUUAUGUGGGAGAUGUGGACAAUCUUAUGGUUUGGUCUUAUGUCCUUCAUCAAGAGGAAAUCACAGAGGUUCGUACCACAUGUCCAGUGGAGGAGAUGCCUGGUCGUGUGCUGAGUCUAACGAUGGAUCAGGGACAUGGUCAAGAGUUUUCUGUUGACAUUAACACACCAUCAACAAACUCUUCUAGAACCCGGACCAGAUCCCGCGUGCUUUUAGUUCCUGCUGAUUCGCCACCAGAAUGGAGACCUUCUGAUGUUCCUGUGGACUGUGAUCCUGCUGACAACCCUCCCAACAGUAACAACACCAUCCAAGAUGAGGCAGUGAAUAUUUGUGAUGACCUUUUCUACACUGGCAUACUUGCAACUUACUGCCAAGAUCUGACAGCUGCCACGAUGUUCUACCACCAGGCCUGUGUGCGUGAUGUGUCUAUUAGUGGGGACAUUGGACAUACAAAUGUGUCUGUGAAUAUGUUUGCUCUCCACUGCAAGACCGUACUUAACGUGGAUGAAUGCAAAUUGGAGAACUACUUCAACUUCUGUAGAGAAGAGGCUGAUUGGGAGUUCCCACUGUGGGCCAUCAUACUCAUUGUCAUCAUCGUCUGUCUGAUUGUCUUCAUCUGCUGCUGCCUGUGCAUCAUCAUUUGUGUUAAGAAGAAGAACAAGAAAAGGAAAGUAGAUAUGUCUGUAGCUGACCUGCAGCUGGCUUAUGUCAUGAACCCUACAUUUGAGGAGCUUGAAUGGGAUGAAGCUGACACUCGACACUCGAAAACAGCAGUGGACACCAUGGGAGUUGCACCGCUGCUAAGGCUGCUCCCAGACCCUCUGCGGCAGAGCUGGGUGGGAGAGGAGGGAGAACCAAGGUUUGGAGAAGAACCAGAGGAAGAUGGCAGCACAUCCAAGAUGGGAAGUAGGGUGACUCUCACAGAUGGUGCCUGUGGUACUGUCGAACCACUUGCAUCAAGUAAUGGGCAAGUACCCAAGAAAAAGAAGCAAAGAAAGAGGAAAAAUGAAGUGGAGGAGCUUUGCCUGCCAGAACCAAAGGAGCAGCCAAGUGGGAAAGUUGUCCUUCCUCCACUUAAGGGUAUGGAAAGACCUGGAGAAGGGGAUGAUGUCUUUACAAGCAUGAGUGGACAAACUUUGCGAACCGACUCCGCUGCUUCUCUUCUGUUGCGGGACAGCCCACGUCAGCUCCUUCCCAGUCAGCAGCCACCUCUGGGGAAACCUCCUGUUAUGUUUGAAGAGACUAACAGAGACAGUGAGUGUGCUCCAUCACCGUUUGCACUGCCUCCAAGACUGCCAGCCCCUGAGGAACCAACAAAAUCAUCAACCAACCUGUCUGAUGAUCAUGCUGUUUUUUGCAGAAGAGACCAUCUCCAGCCCCACGAGUAAAGAUGGCCCCCAGGAUGCCCCUCCUGUGAGACCAAGGAGACGACGGUAUAAGAAGAAAGAGAAGAGGGAGUCUCCUCGGGAACCUCCAGUCCAAACAAGCAAGCCUGAAGAGACAAAUAAUUUCAACAAAACUGAAGCAGGAGGAAUCGAUUUCCCAGAGGAGCUUCCAGAGAUAUGGAAAGUGGUCCUAAGAUGCCAUGGAAACGGCCAACAUCACCCACAGCACGGCCAGAAACUCCCAACAGUCGACCUUCAAGUGCGACAUCGAGACCCAGGUCCGCAAGAAAGGUGGCACCAGAAACAACUGUGCCUGCUGAAAGUGAGAGGACCUCCCGUCAGCUUCCUUCACCACCUCCAGAAUUCACUUUCAGCUCCAGACCACCGCAACCGGCAAAGAUGGUAACAGCAUGGGAUAUGUCGUCAGACCAGCCGGACAUAGAGAUGAAAAACUUCGAAGCAGUCCCUGAGCAUACCCUCCCACCUCUGAGAGAGCCACCUCUGCCUGAGAGGGGAAUGUCCUCUCUAUCAUCCACAAAGAAGCCAUCCAGGAGGACAACCUACAGUGGCCCAGUGUUACCACCAGAUCCUCAACUGUUUGGGGCUAUACCUGAAAACAACUCUGAGUCUAGAAGGCUGACUAUUGUCAGUGGAACUUGUGCUCCAAUAUCAGAUGAUGAUGAUGAUGAGGAGGAGGAAAUUAUCAUACCAGUUCCCAAAGAACAGACCCCUGAAGAAAAAGCCAGAGCAGUGGAGGUAACAACCAGGGAGAUGUCACGGAAGAAUGAGGUUCGCAAGAAUGCCCGCAUGCUAGAAGAUCGCAGCUCAGCAUGGAAGAGCAUCUUACUACCUCUGGACAGUGACGAGGAACUUGUCUAAAAACUAGCAAAACAGGGAUCUUGUGAAACUUAAAAAAGAAAUGAGUGGGAAUUUGUAAGAACAAUGGCUACCAAUUCAUGAGACGUUUUUAUUUAAAAGUUAGCCAAACAACAAAUGUUUAAAACAAUGAUUAAGAAUAUAGACCAUUUAUCUGUCUUACAUACUAAAUAAAGUUGAUUUAAUUAUUUGAUACUAGAGUGAAGUGUGCUUUGUUUUAAGUGACAUGUAUGUUAGAAACUUAAGUUUUCACAGUAAUAGUUUGUGUUUACAAUUACAAAGACAGCACAUAGUGCAUUUGCUUUUGUUGCAUUCAUAGAAUGGUCUAGCAGUUGCAUUGAAGAAUUUGGUUGCUGUUUUAUGCACUUUUGCAUUUAAAGACUGGUCUCAAGCAGUAUAGAAUUCAAUGUACCUUUGUGUACUAAAUUGAUUUCUAAUGAUUCAUCAUAAUUUUUAACUGAUUGAUCAUAAUUCAAUGAUUGAUACUAGUGUACAAGUAAACAUUGAAUGAACAACAUUUUAGAAAGCUUGAAUAUAACAUGGCUAAAUGAUAAAAGUAUGGUUCAAUAUUUAGCUGUGUGUUUCUGUAUCUUUAUGAUUUUUUAUACAAUCAUUGAUGCUUACAUACUUAACACUCCUUAGGAUACACAUAUUAUGAAAUACCACAAAAUCUCUUUCAAAAUGUAUUUUAAACAACCAAAAUCGAAAUGAAGAUGCCUUUGGUUCAUCUAUCAGUUAUUGAAGGAAUAAAUAUCUACCAUACUAUAGUAUUGUGAA